CAGGACUCAGUAUCUGGCCCAGUCUCCCCAAUGCAGUUUCCUGCUUUUGACAGAACACAGAUCCCAAGGUCACACAGCUCCAGAGAACUGGAAGGGGGUGUCCUGGAUGCCCGCUCUGCUGGAAUCACGAAGCGACAGAGGCAGCUCUUGCUUAAAAACACACCCUAUUUCAAAGCUCUCAAUAGCUCCACCGUGGCCACAUCUGUGCAAGGAGACACAAAGUGGGAUAAACUGUACAAGAUUCAGGAGGAAAGGAAACGGCUCAUCAGAGAUGUCUGUGCCAAAUACAAAAGCAACAGUAAGAAGACUAUCACGCCCCACCACGUCUCCAGGAUCUUUGUGGAGGACAAGCACAAACUCUUAUACUGCGAGGUUCCUAAAACGGGCUGCUCCAACUGGAAGAGGGUUUUGAUGGUCCUGGAGGGGUUUGCAUCCUCGGUGAAGGACAUCCAGCACAACACAGUGCACAAUGGGAAUCACUUGAGGAGGCUGGAUAGUUUCGACAAGCAGGGAAUCCACAAGAGACUCAACACCUACACUAAGGUACUUUUUGUCCGAGAGCCAUUCGAGAGGCUGGUGUCAGCUUUUCGGGACAAGUUUGAGCAUCCCAACAGCUACUACCACCCCGUCUUUGGGAAGCCCAUCAUUUCAAAGUACCGCGUCAACGCCUCCAGGGCAGCGCUAAGAACAGGUUCUGGCGUGACCUUCAAAGAAUUCCUGCAGUACCUGCUUGACGUGCACAAGCCUGUGGGGAUGGACAUUCACUGGGACCACGUCAACAGGCUGUGCAGCCCCUGCCUCAUCGACUAUGACUUCAUAGGCAAGUCUGAAAGCAUGAGGGAGGACGCUAACUUCUUGCUUCACCUGACUGACGCCCCUAAGAAUUUGACUUUCCCCACCUUCAAAGACCGGCACUCCAGUGAGGAGAGGACAACUACUAAAAUCACCCAGCAAUAUUUUACACAGAUAGCACCUUCUGACAGGCAAAGAGCCUAUGAUUUCUAUUACAUGGACUAUCUAAUGUUUAAUUACUCAAAGCCUUUUAAAGAUUUAUAUUAAGUUUAGGUGGGCUAUACUGCCUUUAUAUUUUAAAUGCUUAGAAGAAAGAAGUCAACUAGACAAAUUAGACAAAAGGAAUUCGCCAAAAUAUUUUUCUUUGUGUCUGUUUGCACCAGUCUAUAAAUAACUCUUAUUUUUGAAGGUGUUAUGAAACUAGAACCCUUAACAACGUUAACAUUAUCACAGAAUUUGCUCCUCAAAAACCAGAACAUGCCCCAUAUAGUUUUACUUUGUGAUUGAGUGUUCAAAGUUGGUUCUCAUGAAAUUCAGCUAAUUCUUUUGGAUUAAGGAUAACUGUGUUAACCCCUAAACCCUAAUUGCAAGACAUGUAGCCCUGAAGGUAUUAAAAUCCCUUUCCUGUUGACAGUUAUUAAUUUCAGUAAUCAUUUUCAAUUUUAUUUUGUAUUUCUAAUUCAUUUUCUGCACUAUGAAAUGUCUCUGGAGGCAAAAACACAAUAGGACAGUGCACACCUCCAUGUUGUUUCGCCUAUAUUAGUGACCCUCUAUUUUUCUUUUUUUUUGUACAGAUUUCCUUUUCAAUUAGACCUCCACUUAAAGGGCACAUAAGGACCUUUUUAUUUUAUUGUGUUACUACA